CCUAUAAAGAAAUAAACUUGGUUAGAUCAAUGUUUAACCAAAUAAUUCACCCAUCUUGAACCUGACUCAAUGCUCUUGCGAGCAAAGCAUAUGAAGUGUGAGGGUUGGAAGGAGAAGCAUUACUAUUUGAUAUUUCGUCUCAAACCGUUCUUGAGAGGAUGACACUAUUUGUGCAGUUAUAGUUAAAUUGCAGUGAUCCCCCAUGCUUUUCAUGCCUCAAAACUUGUAAACUUUUAAACCCAUCUUCCUCCUAUCCUCAUCAGUACUUGUAAAGAGUUCUGAAAUUGCAUCAUCACCACAUCUGUUUCCCUAUCAAACCUUAUAUUUAGGUUUCUAGACAAAGUUUAGAUCAUCAGAAAAGAUGGGGAGACCGCCAUGCUGUGAUAAGUCAAAUGUGAAAAGGGGUCUUUGGACCGCAGAGGAGGAUGCAAAGAUACUUGCAUAUGUAUCAAUGUAUGGUACGGGUAACUGGACAUCAGUGCCAAAGAAAGCAGGACUUAAACGAUGCGGGAAGAGUUGCAGGCUUAGGUGGACUAAUUACCUAAGACCUGAUCUCAAGCAUGAUAGCUUCACACCCCAAGAAGAAAAGUUGAUUGUCAAACUUCAUAAAGCCAUUGGAAGCAGGUGGUCUCUAAUAGCAGCCCAGUUGCCAGGAAGAACUGACAAUGAUGUUAAAAACUUCUGGAACACUAAGCUAAGGAAGAAGCUCUAUGACAUGGGAAUUGAUCCCAUGACCCACAAACCCUUCUCUGAGAUCCUGACUGACUAUGGGAACAUUGGUGGUCUCCCGAAAGCAGUUGGUUCCCUUAAUAGAGACUUAAGGAAUGCAUUCACAUCCAAACCAGAAGCAUCUUCAGCUAGUGGCAUCUCUAAUAUCACAAGCCAUUCAAUGGAAGUGAUAAGGACUCCAAUGAUGGAACCAAUUGAAGAUGGACGGUCAGACAGCAUUAGCAAUAAUAACUACUACUCGUGGGACCUUCUGGGUCAGCUUCAGGCCAUAAAACUAGUUAAAGAAGCCACAAACUGCAGCAAUCAAGAAAUCAUCCAACCCAAUUUCUUUAGUGAAGGAUCAUCUUCAUCAUCUUCCUCUUCUACUGCCAUACAAGUGAGUUCACCACCACCACCCUUUCCUUGCACACAAUCACCUCCACCUCAGACUAUACCAUCCCCUCCAUUCAGUUGGAAUGAAUUCCUUCUAGAAGAUGUGUCUCUUCCUCCUGAUCAACAACAGCGACAACAAUACAUUCAUGGGUUGCCAUCAACUGGUUCUUCAAGCCUAACACAAGUACAUGAUAAGAUGCAGCAAAGCCAAUUAACCGGUGGUGAAACUAACAAUAAUUUCAGUGUCGUUGGAGACAUGGAUUAUGGUGCAUUCAAUGACAUAGGCCAGAGUUAUCCAGGAACGGUCGGAGGGGAACCCAUCGAUGUCUUUGGCGACUCUUUGUCAUCUAAUAAUUCGUUCGUGAAGGCUAUAUUGGAACAAGACAGCCAGAUGUCGUGGGAAUUCCCUGAUAUUUUGGGGGAACCAUUUUACUAAGUAUGAAUAGAUCAACAAGUUGCUGAACCAAACCUUAGUAGAGUUCAUCAAUGAGGGUUUUCAUACUAAUAGUGAUAUAUAUGAUCUUUUAGAUAAAAUAGAAUGUUUCUACAGUUUCAGUUAGUGGUAAGAAGAACUCCAAUUUAUUGUUAUUAGUAUUAUUAUUAUUUUUACUUAGUUAUGUGUUCUAAUGCACAGAAACUCAAUGGGAAUGGAAAGGGUUGGAGGUCCUGAAGGCACAAGGAAUCCAAGAUUGUCCUUUUUAUUAUUACUAACAAGAAACCCAUGAAACGCAGGGGAGGUAGAAAAUAACCAUAAAAAAUGAUUUACGGAUGAUA